ACAGCGUGAAAAGCAAAGCACUUUGUUUCAUCACCGCUCUCCAAAUCCACGAUUGCAGCGCAGUUUGUGGCAGCACAAAACGGGGCAGACCCUGAGACAGCCCUGCCCCCUCUGCUGGGAUCUUAGCACCGCCUUCCAGCAGGAAAGGAGUCAAAAAGAGAGGAAAGGAACAUGAUCAGAAGGAAAGGAGCCGGGAGGAAUUGAACCGGGUGGCCGGAGCCCUUUUCAGCCCUCAUCCAGCCCCAUCCCUGAGCCGUUCCCCCACGGUGCAGACCUGAAGGUUGGGAGCGUCGCACAGCCCUGUGAUUCAGAGGCGGAUGGAAAGGACAGAGCUUGGUGCUGGGGGCAGCACGGAACAGCAGUGUGGUGCAACCAGGUCUGGGGAGUGGUACAUGGAGAUGGGUACGCACAGCACAAAGGAAGCCGAAGCUGUCCCCUCCCCUGACGUCACCCUGCACAGUGACACCGUGGCUCACUGGGUGCAGCCGGAAAGGGCCCUGAUUCUAGUGUCACCGUCACCCAGAUCGCUGCACCCUGCGCUGCAAAAAGCCUCGUGCUGAAACCCCAGGUCCUGCAGCAUCCCUAUGGGGCUGGGCUGGAGGACGGCACUUGCGGGUCCUCCUCUUAUCCCCGCUGUCCCCCCAGGAUGAGUGCACCCGACAAGGAGCCGACCAACCCAGCCCACGCACUGUUUGAGCACUUUGUACGUGCCAGGCAGUGCCAGGAGGUACUGAGCUGCUUUGCGGAGCUGUGCCAUCAACUGGAGCUGCGGGGCAAUGGGCUGCAGCUUUACCAUGGCCUCAAGGCUGCCCUCAAUUCCUGGAGUGCCAAGGCUCUGUGGGGCAAGCUGGAUAAGAAAGCAGGGCACAAGGACUAUGACCAGGGCACUGCCUGCGCCAGCACCAAGUGCCUGGUGGUGGGUGCUGGUCCCUGUGGGCUGCGCACUGCCAUCGAGCUGGCGCUGCUGGGCGCCCGCGUGGUGCUGCUGGAGAAGCGUGACUCCUUCUCCCGUAACAAUGUGCUGCAUCUCUGGCCCUUCACCAUCCAUGACCUGCGGGCGCUGGGCGCCAAGAAGUUCUACGGACGCUUCUGCACCGGCACGCUGGACCACAUCAGUAUCCGGCAGCUGCAGCUCAUCCUGCUGAAGGUGGCCCUAUUGCUGGGUGUGGAGGUGCACACUAACGUGCAGUUUAAAGGCCUCCAUACCCCCACAAACAAAGCAGCUGGACAGGGCGGCUGGCGGGCUGUGCUGCAGCCCAGCUCCUCUCCCCUCAGCCACUAUGAGUUUGAUGUCCUCAUCUCGGCUGGGGGAGGCAAGUUCAUCCCCGAAGGCUUCAAGCGGAAGGAGAUGCGGGGCAAGCUGGCCAUUGGCAUCACCACCAACUUCGUCAACCGCAACAGCCAGGCAGAGGUGGAGGUGGCCGAGAUCAGUGGUGUGGCCCGGAUCUACAACCAGAAGUUCUUCCAAAACCUCUACAACAAAACAGGGAUUGAUCUGGAGAACAUUGUCUACUAUAAGGAUGAUACACACUACUUUGUCAUGACAGCCAAGAAGCAGAGCUUGCUCAAGAAGGGUGUCAUCCUGCAGGACAAAGUGGACGUUGAGAGCCUCCUGUCCCCAGACAAUGUGAACCAGGAUGCACUGCUCAGCUACGCCAAGGAGGCUGCCAACUUCUCCACCAACUACUGCCUGCCUGAGCUGGAGUUUGCCCUCAACCAUCGCAACCAGCCAGAUGUCGACAUGUUCGACUUCACCUGCAUGAUGCGCUCCGAGAAUGCAGCACUGGUGCGAGAGCACAACGGGGCACGCCUGCUGCUGGGGCUGGUGGGCGAUUGCCUGGUGGAGCCCUUCUGGCCACUGGGCACAGGUGUGGCCCGGGGCUUCCUGGCUGCCUUCGAUGCGGCGUGGAUGGUGCGGCGAUGGGCAGCCGGGACCCCUCCUCUGGAGGUGUUGGCAGAGAGGGAGAGCAUCUACCAGCGUCUGUCGCAGACCUCUCCGGACAACACCAACAAGAAUGUCACACAGUACAGCAUUGACCCCACCACCCGCUACCCCAACCUCAACCUGCAGGCCAUUAAAUGCAGUCAGGUCCGAGACCUCUACCUCGUGGGCAAGGUGGAGGUGGACCACAAGAAGAAGAUUGACAACAGGCUCAGCACCGCUGUCUGUGGAGAUGCCUACAAGGAGCUGCUGCGCUGGUGCCAGGAUAGCACGGAUGGCUAUCAUGGGGUGGAGGUGACCGAUUUCACGUCUUCCUGGACCAGUGGUUUGGCCCUCUGUGCCCUCAUCCAUCGAUUCCGUCCCGAUUUGGUGGAUUUCGAUGCCAUGGACCCACAGGACCCCGUCCGCACCCACCAGCUGGUGUUGGACAUGGCAGAGCAGGAGCUGGGCAUCCAGCCUAUCCUCUCCAGCGCUGAGAUGGCCUCCAUGGCUGAGCCCAGCCGCCUGGGGCUCAUCACCUACCUCAGCCAGUUCUACGAAGCUUUCAAGCCUCAUCCUCCAGCAUCGAUGGAGCUCAGCAAGAAGCCGCUGUCCCCCUGUGGUACCAAAGGGGCCAUCCUCUUUCUCAGCAAGCUGCAGAAGAGCCGCAUCGUGACGCACAAACGCACUCAGGCCAAUGCGCAGGAUGCUGAGGGCAAGAAGAGCAAUAGGGACAGCACGGAGACUGAUGCAGUGCCAUCUGGAGAUAUCAUGGAUGGUGACCACAAUGCACCACCAGCUGCCACCAUGGACCUCGCACAGACAUCGGUUCGCCCAGAGAGCAGUGAUGCCUGCUACUUCUGCGCCCGCCGCAUCUACAUCCUGGAACGGGCCAGCGCAGAGGGACGCUUCUUCCACCGCAGCUGCUUCCAGUGCUGGCGCUGUGGGGCCACACUGCGCCUAGGAGACUACGCCUUCGACGAAGAGGACGGUCACUUCUAUUGCUCACUUCACUUCCCCGAUGCCCUCAGCAUGGAGCUGCCCUUGAGCGAGCCCCCAGUGCUGCCCCCAAACGAACCCCCCAUGCUGCCUGAUGGGGAUGCUGUCACUGACCGUGCGCUCUCAGAUGCGGGGAGCCCCUGUGCACCACCCGAGAAGGAGGAGCCCAGACCCCCACCCACUGCCCCACAGCCACCCAGGGAGCCCAAGGUGGAGGAGGGUGUGGGCACUGGUGAAGUGGAGGAUGCUACAGGCACUGGUGAGAUGGUGGAGCAGGAGCUGCCAGCUUUGGGGCUGGAGGUUGUGCUGGAGGAGGAUGAGAAGAUUGAAGGUCCCAGCACAGAGCCUCAGAAGGCAGUGGAGGAAGCUGAAGAGGGUGGUGGCAGGAGGAAGAUCAUCCUCUCAGACCUGGAGAAGCUCCAUCUCUCCUCACUGAGCCUCAUGGGCGACACUGAGGCUGAGCCUCCCCCCAAGCCAGCACGGCUGCGGCUGCAGGCACCACUUGAGGCCACACUGAGUGUGCGGGCACAGGUGGCCUGGGAGGAGGAGGAGGAGGAGGAGGAGGAGGAGGAAGAAGCAGCCAUGCAGGAAGAUCUGGGGGAGAGUGACAGUGAGGAAGAGGAGGAGGAGGAAGGCUCAGACCUAGGCAUCAUGGGAGAGUCGAACCUGAUACUGGGGGGCAUGGAGAAGUACCCCACCUGGAAACGCACGCUGAACCGCCGUGCACGGGAGGCACAAAUGAAGCGGUUCUGCAAAGCCCAGGCCAUCCAGCGGCGGCUGGAGGAGAUCGAGGUGACGUUCCGAGAGCUGGAGCAGCAGGGCAUCAAGCUGGAGAAGUUCCUCCGGGAAGAGAGUGACAGCCCGGACGACCACAAGACGCAGUGGAUGAACCAGUUGCUGUAUCUGGUGCAGAAGAAGAACAGCCUGAUGUUGGAGGAGUCGGACCUCAUGAUCACGGUUCAGGAGCUGAAGCUGGAGGAGCAGCAGUGGCAGCUGGAUCAGGAGCUGCGUUGGUACAUAGAGAUAGAAGAAGCCCUGAAGACCCCUGAAGAUCGCGCAGCUGAGCAACAGAUCCUGGCUCAGCUGCUGCAGGUGGUGGACAAGCGCAACGCACUCAUCCACAUGCAGGAGGAGAAGCGGCUCAGCGAGCUGCAUCCCUAAAGGAUUCUCAUUGCGGGGGCAGUUCUAGUGGUUCCCCCCCAAGCUGAGCAUCACCCCAAGCUGCUUUGCAGGCAGCUGCCAUGACGAAGCUGGGUCCUCGCUUGCUAUGGAGGGGGUGACAGCAAGGAGCACCCUCGUUCUGGGGCACAGAGAAAUGCUCCCCAUGCCCAGCUGAAUUUUGCCUUGGCCUUGUGCUUGCUUGAAAAUGAGAUUUGCAGGGGACAUGAAACACAUGGGCUGCGUGGCUCUACCCAGGAUUUGCCAGAGGAGGAAAAAGCCCUGUAGGGAACUGGAGUCUCGCUUGGUGCAAGAGAUCCCACAGCUGUGACCACUUCGAGGAGGAUGCUGCCACAAGGCAGAGCUGGCGGCAUCGAAAGCAAAACCCCUCAUGCUCAAGCUGCUCCACUGCCUUCCUCAGGACAGUGCCUCAGUCCCAGUGGGUGACAGCUCCAUGCCCACCAGACCCGAAGGGCUUCACUCCUGGCAGUGAGAACACGGCCAUGGCCAAUGUGAGCAGGUGGCAGCUUGAUGCGGUGGGGCAGCAGCAGGAGCAGCGCCUGAUAGACACUCCAAGACAUCCAUCCCAGAUGGGGACACUCACCCAAACCAAGGACAUCCAUCCCAGAUGGGAACAUGCACCCCAGCCCCUGACAUCUGGCUCUACAAAUGGGGCUACCAAUGGCCAGACCAGACUGAGCCCACAGCUCUGCAUCACCACUUUUGGGUGCCACCUCUGUACUGUCCCCAUCCACCACAGAGUACAAGGGUCAAGAACUCCUGUGCAAUGUGAUGUGGGAUGGGGUUGUUUCCCUAGCAGCUCUCCUAGCAGAUUUUGCCCAGAGUUGGCACUCUAUUUGUGACACUGAGGACAAAGUACACUGGUGGCCAUGUCCUCCUUGUCCCUUUGGGCGCUUCUCCACUUCCAAUGCCUUUGCAUGGAGCUCUCGGACCUUUAAAGAGUUCCCAGUUGCUGCAGAGCUAUUCUCCACAGUGAUGUGGUGCUUACAGUCCUGGGGUCCCGGGUGUGGGACACUCUGCACCUCCCACCCUGCUGCAACCCCCUGGCUUGGAAUAAAACCUCCUUGAAAUGGCA